AGCAGAAGCUGUACCCGUUUCGCGUUGAAUCGAAGGUAAGAAGAAGAAGAAGAAAUUUCAAUUCAUGGCGGCUUCAAAGCUUCAAGCUUUAUGGAAUCACCCAGCUGGGCCUAAAACCAUUCACUUCUGGGCACCUACGUUUAAGUGGGGUAUCAGCAUUGCCAAUAUUGCUGAUUUCUCUAAACCACCUGAGAAACUUUCCUAUCCUCAGCAAAUAGCGGUCACAGCUACUGGACUUAUCUGGUCACGUUACAGCACUGUAAUCACUCCAAAAAAUUGGAACCUAUUUAGUGUUAACGUUGCAAUGGCAGGGACAGGCAUAUACCAACUAUCACGCAAAUUGCGGCAUGAUUAUUCCUCAGAGGCAGCUGCUGCAAAAGAAUGACGACGAAGAAUUUGAAAAUCAUAAGUUAUUGUGUAUUUGGAGUCGGAUGCCCUGAUUGUAAUUCAAACUGUUAAAUCAUUCUCAAGUUUGUGUAUUUUGCUACAGUAUUUGAUUGUUAAUAGAAUAAGGGACUCAAGAUAAGUGGGCAAUUAAAUGUUACAGUUCUAAUGGGCGUCUCGAUACUUUUUAUUAUCAUUAUAGAUCCAUAGCUCUUCAAGCUAUUACAUUCGCUGUUUAUCUGCAAAUUAAAGUGGUUACCAUUACUAUUA